GCGGAGUUGGAAGUACCGUCCAAGAAAUGAUAAACAUCYCCGAAAAUGAAGUUUUUGGUCAGAACUAUUACAUAAUUUCACUCAAAAAUAUCCAGAUGUACUAUUAACUAUACUGUGCAUCGAAUGGCUCCAAGAUUUUCGCCAUCUAGGGACUGAUAAAGCGAAAGUUUACCACGUCAUUUUAGUUGUGACAUCGCUUCUGUCAACUGUGGCCUAGAUAUACUUGAGAAACUAUAUUUGCUGUCGACGCAACAGCAGUCCAGCCAUGAAAACUUCUCGAACGAAUAAAUCAGCACGUCGGCCCUCGACGUCGAAAGCAAAUACCGCAAAUAAAAAGAAUGGCAGUGAUACAGGGCUUAGUCCAUCCAAACGACAUCGAGAAAAGCUUAACUCAGUCAUGGAUGAACUGUGUGAACUGCUGCCGUUGUCUAACGAAGUCAAAGCUAACCUAGACAGACUGUCUGUUUUAAAGCUCACAGUCAGCUUCUUCCACACACAAAACCUUAUGAUAACUGAUACAAGCAGUACAUCUAAACGGGAAAGAAAUGGUGAUGAAAAACAAGUUGUUGCAAUAGAUGGAGGAAGUCUUAGUGAGUUGGCUUUGCAGGCUAUCGGAGGAUUCUUCUUGGUUCUUACUGAAGAUGGCAUUGUUUACUAUAUAUCAGAAAAUGUUAAAAACUAUCUUGGUUACCCUCAGACCAGGCUCAUACACCAAGAGUUUUUUCCAAUUGUUGAUCCAGAUGACCUGCAUGGAUUAAAUGCAUGUUUUCAGAUGCCAAAUAAAAAUUCCUUUGAAAGCAGCUGUUUAAAUGGAAGGUCAACAGGUGGCCGACAGGAGUGUUUCUGUAAUCUCAAAUGUCAUGCAGGCAGGCUGUCAAGCCAUAUCAGUCCCUUCUAUUAUAAGUGUUUUAAGUUCUAUGGCCAUAUCAAGACCGUUACAAAUAGAUGUACUGGUGAAAGAAAACUUGGUUUCUUUGCACUAUGUACACCAGUCACUAGACAGAUUGAUGUCUGCCGUCCUUUGAAUACCAACGUGGAGAAAUAUACCUGCAAGAUGAAUGCUGCCAUGAGUAAUCUAGAGGUAGACUCCAGAGGGCUGAAGUUACUUGCACUCAGCGAAAAAGACUUGACAGGACAUAGUUCAUAUUUUUUCUUUCACCCAGAAGACCUCCCUGGGAUGGCUUUAGCUCAUGAAUGUUUGCUGCUUGGACGUAAAGUGUGUAUAUCAUUCAGAGUUUUAAAAGGUAAUAAAAAAUGGCAGUGGGUUCGUGGUAGAGCAUACUCMAUCAUCGCUAAUGGUAAAGUUGAAGGAAUGGUAUCAAAGAAUAUUUUUUUGAGUGAGGAGGAAGGCAAAUACUUUAAAGAGCAAGACAUGAAGGACAUAAUGGAAUGGAAGACACAAAAUGCUCUUAUUUCUCCAUCAUCUCAAGACUUUGAUUCACCAAACAGUGGCCCAAUGAGUCCAUGUAGCGAGAAAACGUUAUUUCAUCCUGUUCAAGUUGCACCUUUCCCAACAUGCGAGGUACCGUCACAAGCCAGCACAAGUACAACGCCGAGCAGCUUGACGAACGAACUUCCUCAAGACUGUCCUCUAACCUUACCGAACAAGAAAGAGAGAUCGUCAUGUCUUGUAAACGAUAAUCCUCCACCGUUCAAAGACAUUCCUGAUAUCGACACUGACACAAUGCUAAGGGUUAUCAAAGAUCUGCAGAACUCUCUUAUUGACAGUAGUAAAACACCCCCUCAAUACCCCCCUGAUAUGGACAUGAUUACCGGACCAGCUAUGGACGACAUGGAGCAGCAUUUACUUGAGAAUGGUUUACCGCUUCUCGACAUGCCCCCCAAUUCCUCAUUACAUUUGACCAAGAAYUUUUGCUCUGAGCCGGCCAGCAUACACGAAAUACAUCAGGGGUUUCAACACCAAGUACCUGAAUCAAUUUUCCGAUAUACUGACAAUAUAAUGAAUGGUUUUCCUGUUAUUGCSCCUCAGAGUUGUGUCGAUAUGCAGCAGUUAAGUGAAAGAACGCCUAUCGCUCGAAAUAUGAGAACAGAGAAUGUACGACAGCCAAGUGACAAUAAAAGAUUAAACAUGGACGAGAAUUCCUUGGCUGAUUUUGUCCCUCUACCGCUAGUAGAAAUUGAAAACAUAUUAUCGAAUGACGAACACGCGUGCUCAGUGACAUCAAACAGUGCGUCGUUAAAUUUUGCCGAGCCGAUGGAUAUGAGCCCGCGAUGUCAAUAUACGAAUUAUUUCAAUGUUAACCAAAUGGAUCAAUUUUAUGGCGGGUCAGCGGUCCAAGUUUCACGGCCUGAAAACGAGCUUGUUGCUAUUUCCAUGGAUUGCAACACAGACUUCCCUGGCCAUGUAGCGUUAGAUGAUAGGGUCCACCCAGCUAGAUAAUCAUGGAAAGUGGACUGAUAUUACUGAUAUUACAACAGUAACGGACUAAACAGUUAUAAGAUAAACAAAGAAAUUACUAAUGGACGACAUCGGUUUUCUUUUACGAAUCCGUGUAUGAUGUUAUGUCAUUCUUCUAAAGCAUGGCUUACACAUUCCAAGGAAGUAAAAAAAAUGUGUUUUUAACACCGUUUCCAAUACACCAGCAGCCGUGUCAAGGAAGGAAAGCAUGCUGGGUAAUCUCCUGACUUGUGAUGGUUACACUAAAUGUCUCCAAACACGAACGACGGAACAUGAAUUUCUCUGACAAAGAUUGCUUAUUAUUUCGACAUUUUGUGUUUGAAAUAAGAUGUGCUUAUCAAAACCAGCUUACUUGCCACUGGCCUGUACAUGGUAGAGUGAAACAAAAAAACAACAAAAAAACCGUGAAAUAUAUAUUACUCUGCGGUUUUUGUUUCACAUUUGGCUGAAACUGUAUAUUCGGCUGGCUGGACCAGAAUCUUUACUUUCUUCUUUCAUACGCUUACGUGCUCCUUCACACUGCUUUUUAAAAAUUGUGCUUUGUUAUCAAUGGAAUUGCUGCAAUUCCCUGCUGUAUUAURUACUGUGAAUCACAUUGAAUAAUGCUAAUGCUGGCUGUCAUUUGCAAACCACGCAGUGAAAAUUCCCGUGAACGGAUUAUUCCUUUUGUUCCCCUUUCGUUACUCUAUUUUCACGUAACUUUGUGGUUACGUCUAAGAAUUCUGCCAUAUACCAUCCUUUUAUUUGGGGCCUUUAGUAUUAUAGAGGUUGGUGGUCGGUUGUGAAUGUAUCGCUGGGUUGAGGAAAAUCGCCGAUUUGGCAUCGUGAAAUAUUGCAUUUAAAACAAUAUCGAAAAUUAACGGUUAAUAUGGCUAUUCUCAUCUUUUUAGCGGCGGUUGACGUGGAAAAACUUUUUGCGGUAUGACAGCCACCUAUGUAUUAUAUCACUCGUCCACAAACAAUAUAAUCUUAUUAAAAUAAGUAAAUAUGCUAGAAUAUUACACAGUAUUUUAUUAACUAGCCAAUGUAAAUGCAAUUAAUUAUAAUGUAUAAAGUUAGUGCAUUUUCCAAAUAUAAUUAAAAAACGUUCCAACGGUGCAAAACAGUUUGGUUAGACAACCAUUGGCUAGCAUURUAGUAAUAAURAUGGGGAUGAUGUAAUGUUGUURACUGUCGGGAAGCAACGAUAUUUCCCCGAAGCGAUCGUUAUUCCGAAGGGCUGCCGAAGCUGUCGCUGAGAAAAGYGAGAAUAAGUCUCCACGUUAUCCACACUAAAACGCAAGCUCGGGAGCAACAGAUCUGGUGCCGUGCGGUUCUCUGACUUCUGUCAUCAGAAAAUGACAUGAAAGCUUGCAUAAUGGUUGGGGGGGGAGUAGCCUCCGUCGUUUCUCCAGCUUUUUCCUUUUUUUCAGUUAUAAGAAAAGAUAUGACCAAAAUGCACUGUUACCUGUGGAGAAGGCUAGGUUUCAUGGUAAUUCGGUAGGAGUUGUAGAAUGUUAUGGGGUAUAAUUAAAGAAUCUCAACCAACCACAA